AGGGGAUCAUUACAUCGUCAAUAAGCUACAAUGGCCUCCUCCAAAGUCUGGUUUAUAACGGGGACGUCCUCAGGAUUCGGAAGGUCUAUGACAGAGUAUGCACUCAGCCAAGGCGACAUCGUAGUAGCGACCCUCCGCAAACCAGAAGUCCUAUCCGAUCUCACAGCCCGAUACUCAGCAGACAAGCUCCUCGUACUCAAAGUCGAUGUUACAAAGCAAGAGGACAUCGGCGAAGCAUUCGCGCGCACACGUUCAGCGUUCGGACGGCUGGACGUAGUGUUCAACAAUGCCGGAUGUGGAGUUUUCGCCGAAAUCGAAAGCACGCCUGAUGAUGAAGCGCGUGAGCUUUUCGAGACAAAUUUUUGGGGCGCGGCGAAUGUUAGUCGUGCUGCUGUGAAGUUUUUUAGGGAGGUAAACCAACCAGGCAAGAAAGGGAUACUUCUUCAAGUCAGUUCGGCUACUGGGUUUCACACAUCUCCUAUGUGUGGUUAUUAUAGUGCGUCAAAACACGGUGGGAAUCUUGAUGCGAGGAAAGUGGAAAGUGCUGAUGGUUAA